CUACAAAUUUUAGUCUAAUGUAUAUAAUACUAUGCGGAGCAGUGAGAGAUGAGAAAUUUCGGCGAGCACAAUCGUUAUUCCUCCAAAAUCCCCAAAUAUUAAUGAAAUUGCCCUUUUUGAUUCAGAAUCAGCUCCAAAUUAGAAUCUAACAAUGUCCACCACUCCUAAAUUCAUCUCUCAAUUCAAACAAACAACACAAUCCCUAAACGCCACCGUUCAGCCCUGGUCACUCUUCUCCGACUCUUCUUCCCUCAACUUCCCCUCUUCACUCCCAGACGCCACCACUCGCAUUACCCAGAACCUAACUCAUUUCCGCUCUAAUUACUCGCUAAUCAUCUUAAUUUCCCUCUUCUUAAGCCUAAUCUACCACCCACUUUCUCUAAUCGCCUUCUUCAUCAUUCUAAUCGGAUGGGUCUUUCUCUACUUCGCUCGCGACGACGACCCGCUUACGUUUUUUGCAUACCAGGUUAGUGAUUUUGUGGUCUUAGCGUUGCUGUUUUCCGUCACGGUGGUUGUGUUGAUUUGGAGCGGAGUCUGGUUUAAUGUGGUGGCUGCUGUUGGGAUUGGUUUUGGGUUGGUGAUUUUGCACGCUCUGCUCAGAAGUACGGAUGAUCUUGUUGCUGAUGAUAUUGAAACGUCCCCGUAUGUUAACUUGCUCUCUGAUGAUGAAUUUAGCCCUAGGGGAGCCUUGUAGUGCAUCAUUUUAUUUAUUUUUGUUUUAAAUUGUAUUAUGUAGUUUUGGGUUAGUGAAAUUUGAAAAAGAAACGGAAAAAUAUUUUAGCUUCUUUUUUUA